AUGGCGGAGAUCGCUUCCACCUCCGCCGGAAGAGGCCACCAGUCUCCGCCGGCACCGAUAAUGAACUUAGCCGAUGACCAUCUCUUCACAGUCCUGCUCCUCCUCCCCGUAGAUUCAAUCCUCUCUUUCUCAGCCACCUGCAAAAGAUUCCGGAACCUCGCUUGCUCAGACAGUCUCUGGGAGUCCUUAUGGCGCCGAGAGUGGGGCCCAUCAUCUGUGGAAUCUAUCAAGUCUUCAUCCUCUUCUGCUCGAGAUGGAUUGUUAUUACCGUGGAUGGUUCUGUUUAAGAGAGUGUGCAAGCUUGAUUCCGUCUCUUGUCACAGAAUCACAAACCUAGAUGAUGAUGAUGAGAAGGAGGAGGAGUCUUUGUUACCUCUCCCUAGAGCUUCUCAUUCUCUCAACUUCGUUACUGAUUAUCUUGUCCUCUUCGGUGGUGGCCGUGAAGGAGGACGUCAUCUUGAUGAUACAUGGACGGCUUACGUUGGAGAGAGCAAUCAGAAGACGUUAAAGUGGAAGAAAGCAGAGUCAGUAACACCUGGUGGGAGAUUCGGACACACCUGCGUUGUCAUAGGAGACAGUCUGGUCUUGUUUGGAGGAAUAAACGACCGUGGAGAGCGGUUAAACGACACAUGGAUCGGUCGAGUGACUUGCCAGCUAACGUGGAAGCUACUCGGCGUUGUGGGAACAACGAAGCCGCCUCCUCGAGGUGCUCAUGCUGCUUCUUGUAUCUCAGAGAAGACGAUGGUUGUGCAAGGAGGAAUAGGGUUAAGUGGAGUGAGACUGGGGGAUACAUGGAUUCUCGAACUUUCCGAGGAUUUAAACUCAGGGACAUGGCACGAGGUUGUGUCUAAUGCCUUGUUACCACCACGGUCGGGACAUACUUUGACUUACAUAAGAGAAAACCAAGUGGUUCUGUUUGGAGGGAGAGGGUUGGGUUAUGAAGUGCUUAACGAUGUUUGGCUUUUGGAUAUUCAAGAGCAGUGUGAAAAAUGGAUACAGAUAUUCUAUGACUUUCAAGACUUGGAGGAAAGUGAUUCAUUACCAAGGGUUGGUCACUCGGCCACACUCAUAUUGGGUGGUCGGAUUCUGAUUUAUGGAGGAGAAGAUACUUUUAGGCACAAGAAAGAUGAUUUUUGGGCGUUGGAUAUCAAAACCAUUCCUUCUACAGGUCUGCAGCUAGAUGGAGGAGCGGUUUGUUUAAAUGGCUCAAAGGCGUGGAAGAGGCUUGAUGGUGGUGUGUCUUACAGACCCAAAGGGCGGUCUUUUCAUCGCGCCUGCGCUGAUAGUUCAGGACGGUAUGUGUAUGUGUUUGGUGGAAUGGUUGAUGGUCUUCAUGUUGCUGUAACAUCAAGUCUUAGGUUUGAAAAUGAGCUCUUUAUGGUGGAGCUUCUUCUUGGCUUGUAG